CCAAAAGCUACAGUUACCGUCGGCGAUGCAGGCAAGCUGGUCUUUUCACCAUUGUCGCUGAACGCUACCGUUGGCUCAAUGAUUGCAUUCGACUUUUUAGGAUUGAAUCAUAGUCUAACUCAAAGCAAUUUCUGGGAUCCCUGUCAAAGCAACAAGAUGUUCGAUUCUGGGUUCGAACAGUUCAACCCUACAAAUAUGAGUGGAAGAUUCGUAUUAGAAUACCAGGUGACCGAUCCUUCUCCAAGAUGGUUCUUCUGCGCUCAAAGGGUGAAGCGCUCCCAUUGUCAAGCGGGUAUGGUCUUCAGCCUGAACCCCAAUGGCACGCACUCUCAAUUUCUCCAGAACGCCUUGGCAGUUGUAGACGCUCCACCGACGGAGACAGAGACAUCUUGCCAACUGCCGGCAGUUGGUAUGGCCCCGAAC